AUGAACUCUGAUCCAGCUAAGGUCGGGCGCGCGCCCAUCACCGCCACUGAAAAAUUAAUCGAGUGUCUGUCCAAAGAUGGGUGCGUAAUAGCUACUGACUUUACCUCUGUAGAGGAUCUGGCCCAAGUCCAAGAUGAUGUGAACCCGUAUAUGGAAGGGUAUACUGAGAUAAGGGCACAUCUCUUCCCACCACAAUACAGAUGGUGCGGCGGUAUUUUCGGACGCAGCGAGACGGUGCGCAAUCGUUGGCUUGCAGAGGAGAACCUUGACCUAGUACGCGAUCAUUUCCUUACGACCACUUUGACACCUCCAGGAGGUUAUGAUGGCGCAACAUUUGAAAGCAAACCGGUACUCGCCUUCUCAGUUACUCUCGAUAUAGGUCCCGGUGCGAAGCAGCAGCCAUUACAUCGUGAUGACUACUUGUAUUUCCAUCGCCAUCGAGACUUGACAAAGUCUGGCUAUGAAAUAGGAACAGAUAUGAUGAUGCUUAUGUUUGUUCCGGCUGUAAAAACAACAAUCGAGAAUGGAGCUACCCUUGUCGUUCCAGGUUCUCAUCUCUGGGAUGAUGUGAGAACCCCUGUGGAUAACGAAGUCUGUUAUGCCACCAUGACACCAGGGGAAGUCCUCUUGGUACUUGGAUCCACCUGGCAUGCUGGCGGCGGAAAUGUUACGACAGACGUGCGUCGACCGCAGCACACUUUCUUCUUCACACGCGGCAUGUAUCGUCCAGAAGAAAAUCCAUAUCUCUCAUACUCGCCGCAGCAGGUACUGUCAUGGAGCGAAAAAUCGCAAUCUCUUGCGGGGAUGAACCGAGAUACGCUGGCUUUCGAUCGAACCAAUUACUUGGUGCCUUCAGCUUUGUAUGCAGAAUCUACGAAGGCACAGAUUCCAGAUAAGUAA